AGGAAGUGUUGUUGUUUUUUUUGGAUAGGGAGGGGCCUAUUUUUGUUUCCUAAUAAAGUAUAGACUUAGCGCUAUGUUCAAAACUAUUAUACAUUCAUUAUAAUGUAGCUCCUGUUAUACAUUUGAAAACGAUUAGUAAAGUUUAUUUUAUUCAAGGGAACAUCGCAAGGGGAAGGCUCAGUAAAGCGGAACAAGUAAGUGGUAUCUCUCUCCAAGUUCGGGGAAAGUGGUUGGGAGACGAAUUUCGUCACCGUCAGCUCGGUAGCAAUUUACUCCGUUAUUUUUUUACGUGAAAUGUAAUAAUGAGAAAUCUUUUGAGGAGCAGGUUAUGAUUAACUUUAUCUUGCGAAAAGCAACAAGUGCGAUUGAUGUCGUUUUUUCUCACGUCAUGAAUAAACUUGGUGGCCUCGUCACGCGCCCUCAUCGUUCAAGAAAGCAACAUUAGCAUCACCGCUCAGGCUACCGCAAGGCUACAUCAUGUACUAACUAGCUAGAUUUAGUUUGUUUCACUUUUGCCCCCGACCACUUUAUACUUCUGAUGUCUGCUGUCAAUAAGUAGGUCUAUAAGUAACUUCAAUAUAUGAAAUGGCCUUAUUAUCUGAGGUCACUUCAUAAAGUCGUGCAAGGUUGGCCAUGCUGGCUCGCUUGGCUGAACCAGGCCAUAAAGUAAAUGUGAAAAAUAGGAAAUGACUCGUGUAGCUUAGCAACAUUGUAACCACAUUCUAAUAAUAACCUCACUCUCUGCAACAUGGUAACUAGCUAGUCUACUCUGUAACAACACUCACUUUUGCAACAUUGUAACUGGUUGGCGUUAUUCUUCUCUAAGUUGAUGUCUGUUAAGGUAUGUGGAGGACAGACUUCCAUGAACCUACAACUCUUUUGACAGCAGUCGUAGAUGUGUAUUUUAUGGUUUGGUAGUUAAAUAUGGUUUAAUAAUUUCAUUAAGUGAUUAUUAAUCAGUGGUUUAUCAUUAGUUAUUAAUUGAUUGUUUUUUAAUUAGUUAAUUGGAGCUCAGAAAUUGACUGCAACAUAACAAACGCUUACAGUAUUAUGCAUUCUUACCAAACGACAUAACUAAUGGUGAUGCAUAUCGUUUUAACAUAUAUUUAAAAUGUAAGAAAUACAUUGUGGGCCUUGUUGGCAUAGCCGCACCAGAUGGAAUACUGCAUGUUACUGCUGAAUUUGACAAUAUGGCAUCUGUGAAUCUGACACUGUAAAUUAUUAUUUCUACCCCUCUCUCAGAUUUGACCCUUCAUCAGCCUCAGGACUAAAUCCAGCUUUGAGAAAAAUAAAACCAGUGUUUAACAGCUCCACUGUUGUUAUAUCUCCUUCAUCUAACCAGUAAAUAAUUCAAAAAGACAUAAACAAACUACCACAUGCAACAAUGUCCAUGGCCCUGAAGCAAGUCUUCAACAAGGACAGGACAUUCCGGCCGAAGCGUAAGUUUGAGCCCGGGACACAGCGCUUCGAGCUGCACAAGAAGGCUCAGGCGUCUCUGAAUGCAGGCCUGGACCUGAAGCAGGCAGUGGCACUGCCCCAUGGAGAGGACCUGAAUGACUGGGUGGCCGUGCAUGUGGUGGACUUCUUCAACCGCAUCAACCUCAUCUACGGCACCAUCAGUGACUCCUGCACCGACCAGACCUGCCCCGUCAUGUCCGGAGGGCCCAAGUACGAGUACCGCUGGCAGGACGAGCACAAAUACAAGAAGCCCACAGCUGUUCCAGCCCCAAAGUACAUGAGCCUGCUGAUGGACUGGAUCGAGGUACAGAUCAACAACGAGCACAUCUUCCCCACCAACGUCGGUAUGUACAAAGAAUGAUAACUAGGUACAUGGGCUUGGAUCUGCAUUGUGAUAAAUAGGUUUAAUGUUUUCGCAGAGUUACAAAAGAGCAUCUUGAUAGGCUGAAUUCCUUGUUCUCUUUGUCAUUACCAAGUGCAACAGCUGUAUCUGUUCAUCUACAAUGAUCCAAAAAUUCCUAACCUUGCAUUCUUCACGUAAUUCCAACCACACAACUUGGUAUCUGACUAUCUGUAGAAACAUCCAAGCAAUGGCAUUAGAAAUGGGUCACACAAUCUACAGUAGGGUAUAAAUAGGCAUGGCAUGUGCACAUGUCCCUGGAAAUGCAUUGCUAAAAUACUAUUAGAUUAGUGUAAACGGAUGGACAGAUAACUUCAUCUAUUCUUGAUGGAUGAAGGAAAAUAUAAAUCCUCUACCCUAGGUGUUGUCAUUUAAAGGCUCACAUAUCUCCUUCGAGUGAUACAAGCAUAAUCCUGUAGUUCACAAAAACAAAAUAUAUUUUAUUUGCACCCAAGGUAAUAUUUAAAGUUGAGAAUUAAUCUGACAAACAGACUGAUUCAAACACAGAUACGGUUGAGAGCAUGACUACUUUUGUGUUUACUUUACAUGUCCCCGGAGGACACAUCUUCAUAUUCUUUUGUCAUCUUUUGUUUGGUUUUUGAAGGUACUCCCUUCCCCAAGACCUUCAUGCAGGUAGCUAAGAAGAUUUUGUCUCGCUUGUUUCGUGUGUUCGUCCACGUCUACAUCCACCACUUUGAUCGUGUGAGCCAGAUGGGUGCAGAGGCCCACGUCAACACCUGUUACAAGCACUUCUACUACUUUGUAACAGAGUUCAACCUCACAGACCACAAGGAGCUCGAGCCACUGGUGAGUGAGGAUACAAAUAAUUGAAUUGUCUAUCUUGUUGGUAGGCGAGCUGUUAAACAAACGAUUGCACAAACUCAUAAAGGCAAGGAUACAUUUUAAUUUUCAUAUAAUUUCUUACACAUUACAUGGCUUUUUUUGUAAAGGAAGCUGCCUGAAGUUAUGUCUGUGUUGCACCCUAGAAUUGUGAUGUUUACAAGCACAUUUGUGUGCUUUUGCUAUGAUAAUGUUGCUAAACUACCACUCCUGUCUCCUACAGAAAGAGAUGACAUCACAGAUGUGCCACUAAGGGAGCGCCACUGACCACUUGACACAUUCCCCCUUGAAGACUAGUUCCGUCCAUGUAGAAGAAUGAAACAGGAAACAUAAACCAAAUCUAAAAGAGUCUUUAUUUUUUAUAAACAAGUACUGUAAUCUAUUUUAACCAUGUAGGUUUGUUUAACCAGGAACAUUGUAAGGCAUUCUCUUCCUUUUAAUGUUUUGAGCAUUUUAUCAGAGCACAGUAUUAAGAGAGAAAUCUUUCUAUUUUAAUUUGAAGCUGAAUCAUUCCUGUCAUUUAGUUGUUCUCUUCUUAUCUUAAAAUAAUAUAUGUAUGUUUGUACAUAUCUAAGAUUGUAGUAUGUGGAGAGAUUAAACGCACUCUGUUCCUACUCUAAACUCUAAACUCAGUGUCUUAUGUUUAAUUAUAGAAUGGGUAGUUUGGAUGCUGAUUAGACGAGCAGCGUUUGAAGCCAUGCUGUGUUAUCAUACAUUGUUAUUUUUCCAGAAUAUACAUUCAAACUGGUAUAUUGUUUGUUUAUGAAAUCUAUGGCAUUGUUUUGUAAAAGCAAUAAAAGAACUGAGAACAAAGCCUGUCGAGCGAAGCCAACCAACAUAAUAAACCAGUUGUGCAGGUCUUAAGUUAGUCCACAAGGUGG